AUGAAUUCUGUACCGUGGUUUAUUGAUCGAAUAGUGGAACAGAUAGAGAAAUACUUUCACGAUGGUUUAAUAUUAACAAAAACUGUAAAUGAAUUGUUGUGGGGCUAUGAAGAUGAAUUUUUAAAAGCUUUAUCGAAAAUUGGACUAGCAAUACCGACAACACAUAUUGGCUUACUAAUGAAUAUUAACAAUACAGUGAGCGAUUAUGUUACAGUUGAUAAUGGUCGAAUCAAUAGUAGCAUGGUUGGUCAAAUAGUUAAAUUUCAUGGGAAUGAGACAUUAUCCUAUUGGACAACACCAACUGCUAAUAUGAUUAACGGUUCUGACGGUACAAUAUUUCAUCCAUUCAUAAAGAAAGAAGAUAAACCUUACAUCUUUUCUGCAGAUAUCUGUCGUUCACUACAAUUUAUUGCUAAUUUAACGACUCAGAUUAACAAUUUACCAGUCAUUAAAUUUAUACCAAUGCCCGAUACAUUUAAAUCACCAAAAACAUAUGAAAAGAAUAAAGGAUUUUGUUUAAAUUGGCCUGAUUGCUUUGAUGACGGUGUCUUAGAUAUGUCAUCGUGUCAACCCGGUUCAGCUGUGGUAAUGUCGCAACCGCACUUUUUAAAUGCUAAUGAAUCAUAUCAGAAUGCUGUUGAAGGCAUACAUCCAAAUGAUGAAUUCAAUACAGUCAUUUAUUUAGAACCAAACACUGGUAGUAUUGUAAAGGCUGAGAAGAAAAUACAAGUCAAUAUUCUAGUUAAAAACGUUAAGACAUUCAAACAGCUUUCAAACAUUCAAACUGUUAUCUUACCAAUCAUGUUUGUUAAUGAGUCUGUCCAACUGAAUGAUACUUUAGUUGAUCAAUUGGUGCAUGCAUUAAUUAAAACACCGUAUAUUACAAAGAUUAUUUUAGUAUGUAUUGUUACAUUGUCAAUACCUGUUAUGUGUUUUGGUCUAUCAGUGUAUUUCUUUCAGACAGCCAGGAAUUCUGUAUAUAUACAUUUUGAAGACGAACAACAACAACAUCCUUCUGAAGAUGAUUCUCAGCAGAAUGUACACAGUGAAGAUGUUGAAGAACAUAAACACCAACAACAACUUCAUCAACAAAAUCCUGUAGCUUAAACUUACUCUUAGAUUAUUUUAGACCUCUGAAAUGUGAGAAACAUUAGUAUAAUUAAAUUUCAUUUGUAUGUCG